AUGCUUACUAAAACUACACUUCCCAUGAGUCCACAACACACGGUUGUCCUGGUUACCGUUGACGUCACGCGAGGAAAACCCCGUGGACUGCUCUCCAACGACCCGCUACUCAGGAAGACGACAUUUCCGCCAUCUAUAUCAACCAUGUCUGAAAAUAUUUUCAUGGCCAAGCUGGCAGAGCAGACCGAGCGCUACGAUGACAUGGCCAAGAUCAUGAAAGAAUACACACAAACAAAAACUAAACUGGACAUUGAAGAGCGUAACCUGUUUUCAGUAGCUUACAAAAACGUGGUGGGCGCCCGUCGUUCAUCAUGGCGAGUGAUCUCCAGUGAGGAUAGCAAAGAAGUUCCUGAAAAGAACAAGACAAUAAUUAAAGACUACAAGGAGAACAUUGAAAAGGAGUUGAAGACCAUUUGCCAAGAAGUCUUGGAUCUCUUGGAUAAAACCUUGAUUCCUAGUGAUGAUGUUGCUGAAAGCAAAGUGUUUUAUCAUAAAAUGAAGGGCGACUACCACCGGUACCUGGCUGAAGUGGCCCUACCAGACGAAGUUGAAAACAGAACAAACUCAGAAGCAGCUUAUAAAGCGGCCUAUGAUAUCUCUGAAAAGGAGCUGCCUUCUACACACCCCAUCCGUCUUGGUUUGGCACUGAAUUACUCAGUUUUCCAAUAUGAGAUCUGCAACAAUAAGGAAGGUGCUUGCUUUUUGGCUAAGAAGGCAUUCGAUGAUGCCAUCGCAGAACUUGACAAUCUUCAAGAAGAAAACUACAAGGACAGCACCCUCAUCAUGCAGCUCCUGAGAGACAAUUUGACACUGUGGACUGCUGAUAACGAGGCCGAAGAUGGAGAUGAGUGA